UGAGAUGAUUGAAUGUGACACUAUAGAGCUCUAUACCUUUUGACAGAUGCCAAAUCUGAAACGUCAUAAAUCGAACGUGGAGGGCAAACAAAAGGCGCGCUUAAGUUGUUUUGGCUGCUAUUUCAAAAAAAUGGAGAUUUCAAACUACGCCAAAGGAUUGGAUGAACGAAGAAGGAAGGAGUAUGUCAGUAAGAUCGCCGCGAUUGCGGCCAAAGAUCCUUACCUCCUCAAGUGCACGGAGCAGUGUCUGCCGAAAAAUGUAAACUACGUAAAGAUUAUUAAUUAUCUUCUACAAGGAAGGAACACGGUAACAGGAGGCAAACUCGAGUCCAAUAAGGCCCUUAGUGCUGGCAAGCUUUACCAAAGUGGAUGGGUUCAAUCCAUGGAAGGAUGCCAACACAGUGAAUUGUGCUUCAUUCUGUCAAAGGUGCUUCAUACCCAAUCACUGAACCUUCCAGCGCUGCGUGUUUGGAUUGCAGUGGACAAAGAUGGCUUCAUCAAAACUGCACAUUGCACUUGUGUUGCCGGGCUUGGUGAGUGCUGUACUCACAUUGGCGGAACUUUGUUUGCUCUGGAGUCCAUAGCAAGAAAAUUCGAAGAGGAUAAUCUAGUAAUUAAAUUUAAAAUUUGUAUUUAAAGAAAAUUAAAUAUUGAACAACACAACACUACACAAUCUCAUAACAAGCAUAUGAACACAAACAUAUUGAAAAACAAAUAAACUUUUCUAGCAAAUGUAAA